AUGGCUGAAGUCAUUGGCCUUAUUUCUGGUCUUCUUACCUUGACGACAGUCGCCCAUCAAUCUGUCACCAAGUACUCCAAGAACUCUCGAGCACCUGGUGGGGACGUUGAAGUAGACCUGUCAGCUCUCAAAGUUACGUUGGAGCAAUGCACUCGUUCAUGUGAGGAAUUUGAGCGAGAGCUGAGAGCCUACAGUUCGCGGUCUAGUCAAGAUCGAGCUAGUUUUCGGGAUUGGGCCAAGCUUACAUACCGGGGCGGCGACGGAAUUGAAGAUUUUAGACAGCAGCUCAUUGGCUACAAAUCCACCAUUGUUGUCGUUCUUGGCUUUGCGAAUCUCCGCACAUCUACCAUCACCGUCGAAGCCAUUCGAUCUUGCCGAGGAUUGAUCGAGACAACAACUAUUGAUCUAGAGGCGCAUCUCGCAGAGGUGAAGCAGAAGCUCGAUACUCUCGCUUGCCGGACCAUUGCCAGUCCUGAACCAGACGAAGCGACGAUCAGAUACAUAGAAAACGAGCGUCUUGGUACCGAAAAGGGUCUUCAGCUUUGCCUUGAGCUUUCUCGGCAUAUUGAUCAGAUCCAACUUCAAUUUGGCGUAGGAGAAGAGGACACUCCCAAUCUUCUGGGCCCGCGCCCAACAUCGAGAAUGGUUGUCAGCGAAGGACUCGGUGGCAGUAAAGACUACAUCGGAUUCGCACUGGAGCGACUAAUGAGACAUCGCCAGAAAGUAUCUGAGCGAGUCGGCGCUUGCUCGCCGGCCGCCGCAUCACCAGAUGAUAAACUGCUAUUUGACAACCUCAACGAUGAAGCCGAGGCCGUGCGCCAUUCGUUGAACCUCUGCUCAAACACCGACACUUAUCUCGAAGAGAAGAUCAGUAACAUCGAAAACCACGCUGAGGGUGAUGAUACUAUUCAGUUCAUGGUCUCAAAAGAUGGCAAACCGCUGAAUGGAAAGAAACAUGGCAUCGGCUCGAGACUCAAACAAGCUGGAGGGCAUUUUAAGGAAGAAUCUCUUCAGCAAAUCUCCCAGGACUUUACUACGAUCAGCUUGCAUCAAACGGGAGGUAACAAGCCAUCUAAAAGUACGUCACCACCAGCCAACUCAGAAACCACAUUGGAACCGCUUGGAACGCCAUUCAACGGACGAGGCUUCACUCUUACACCGAAACCCACUGUCAGCUCGACUCCAUCUACUCGUUCUACAACAGCUUGA